AUGAAUACUCCUCCCUCCCUCACACAACCCGACGACAACUCGUCUCCCUCGUCCGACCCGCUCGAAUCGCCUUUUUCUUUCGUGUUCACCUCUUCUCGCUAUGCCCCAACCACUUCCGAAUCACUUGUGGAGCUCUCUCGCCCGGACUUGACGGCCACCCAACUCGGCCGACACGCGCAGGGCGCGAUCAACAUCAAGAGCACCCUCCAGCCACCUUCGCCCACGGUCGACUUCAUUCCCUUUUCACCCAACUACCACACUCGUUCUGCUCAUUCAUUUUCCAUCCAGUCUUCCUGCAGUGACUCUGUCUUGUCUCGUGAAUCUUACGCUCAGCGGUCGCGGAGGUCGACUUUCGGCCCAGACGUCUUCAGCGGGCGUUCUUCUGUUAGCUCGGGGCCCCCGUCAAAAUACUUGCCAGCCCAUCAGCAUACUCGCGCGUCUUCUGUCUCUGCGCCUCUACAGAGGAAUUAUCUGUACGGCGGCUCUCCCGAGCUCAGCAUAACUGAACUGCUUUGGACAAACCCGGACCGCUCUCAGACCAGACGAGGACCAGAGUCUGUCAUGAGAAGAAGAUCUUCUACCCGCAAGACUGUUGUCUUAGACGAGGGAGAAUGUUGGAAGAAGCCAAUGUUGAAACCCGAUGCUCAAGUCACGAACCCUCCCAAAGAUUGUUUGCUCGACCCCAAAUUUCAGUGCUUUCAAUAA